AUGACUGUUGCGCCAAGCAGUGUCUCGACAUCGACAAUUAUAUCAACACUAGUUGCGAACUUGGCGUUAUUUGGUGCUUUUGUUGGCGGCUUCGUACUAUUGCGAUUAAAAUUCAAACGUAUCUAUAGUCCCAAAUCAUCAUUUGAUCUUGUUCCCGAGGAAAAGAAACCCGAACCACUUCCCAAGGACCCAAUUCGAUGGAUAUUUGUUUUGUUGAGUAAGCCGGAUUCGUUUUUCUUACAACAAGCCGGACUUGAUGGACUAGUGUUUUUACGGUACUUGAAAACGUUUGGAUUGUUGUUUUUGUUUGCGUUGACUUCCUAUAUCAUUUUGUUGCCUAUAAAUGCCACGCACGGGAACAACAACAAAGGGUUUGACAAGCUUUCCAUUGCAAAUGUCACUGCUCCAAAGCGGUACUACGCCCAUGUUGUCGUCGGGUUCAUUUUCAAUUUCGUGACAAUCUUCGUUAUCUACCGUGAGUUGUUUUUUUACAACUCAAUCAAGAAUGUGGUGUUGGCUUCUCCCAAGUAUGCAAAAAGUCUUUCCUGUCGAACUGUGCUUUUCCAAAGUGUUCCCGAUGCGUUGUUGGAUGAGAAGCAAGCGUUCAAGAUUUUCAACGGUGUCAAGAGGGUGUAUGUUGCCAGAACAUCGAGAGAGUUGGAACACAAGGUCGAGGAAAGAGCAGCCAUGGUUACCAAGCUUGAGAACGCAGAGAACAAAUUAAUGAAGUUGGCGGUUAAAAGCAAAAUGAAGGCCGACAAGAAGGGUAUUCUAUUGGAGCCCGUUGACGAAAUUAGUUCAUAUGUCAGUGAGAAGCACAGACCCAAGACCAAGGAAAAGGGGUUCUUCUCUUCCAAAGUGGACACCAUUCGAUUCUGUCAAGAAAAGAUUCCAAUAUUGGAUAAAGAGGUGAAAGCACUCCAGAAGAAAUUCAGACACUCGAUGCCGUUGAAUUCUAUUUUCGUUGAAUUCGAAAGUCAGUAUUAUGCCCAAAUUGCGUACCAGUCCACGGUACACCACAGUCCGAUGAGAAUGUCGCCAGCAUUCAUCGGUCUUUCACCAAAGGAAAUUAUUCACGCAAACUUGAGAAUGUUUUGGUGGGAAAGAAUAACAAGAAGGUUUUUGGCGUUUGCGGCGGUGACAGCGUUGGUUGUGUUCUGGGCCAUCCCAGUGGCCGCCGUCGGUACCAUUUCCAAUAUCACUUUCUUGACCAAUAAAUUGCCAUGGUUGAGAUGGAUUUUGAAGAUGCCGCAUGCAUUGUUGGGUUUGGUCACUGGUUUGUUGCCGACCGUUUUGCUUUCGUUGUUGAUGUUUGUUUUGCCCAUGAUCAUCCGAGUUCUUGCUAGGAUUUCCGGCGAGGUGUCAACAGUUGGAGUCGAAUUGUGGACACAGAAUGCGUACUUUGCCUUCUUGAUGGUCAACGGGUUUUUGGUUACCGCGUUGGCGUCGUCGGCCACGGCCACGGUCACCGAAAUCGUCGAGAAACCCACAUCCGCAAUGAGUAUCUUAGCCAACAAAUUACCCUUGUCAUCGAAUUUCUACAUAUCCUAUAUUGUUCUUCAAGGUUUCUCCAUAGCAGGAGGUUCGUUGUUCCAGAUUGUUGGUCUCUUUUUGUACUACGUUUUGGGUUCCAUUUUUGAUAACACCGUUCGAAAGAAAUGGGCCAGGUUCAGCGGGUUGGGAAGUGUCUCUUGGGGUACCGUGUUCCCAAUUUUCACGCAAUUGGCGUCCAUCACGUUGGCUUAUUCAAUCAUCUCGCCUUUGAUUCUUGUCUUUGCUUGUGCCUCGUUUUUCUUGAUUUACGUUGCGUAUGCACACAAUAUCACAUACUGUUUUGUUGAAGGUCCAGAUGCGUACGGCAGCCACUACCCCCGAGCACUUUUCCAGUCAUUCUGUGGGUUGUACUUGAGCGAGGUUGUUCUCUUGGGUAUCCUUGCAGUCGGUAAAGGAUGGGGUCCAGUGGUGUUGCAACUUAUUGUGUUGUUGGGCACUGUAUUUGCGCACAUUCAUCUCGGGUGGGCAUUUGAUCACUUGCUCCGUGUUGUUCCAAUUGACGUCAUGAGACCAUUGGACGGUGUUUCCAAUACAUCUUCAUUUACUGGCCCAACCGAGUACGAGGCAAAGGUGUUGAACAGGAAGAAGAAGCGUACUGCUUUUGACAAGGCGUACCAGGAGGAGCAGGAAGAGGAAGAUAAACUUAAAGCAGAGUUGAAAUUGCAAUUGGAGUCCGACAAUGAUCAAGAACUGGCACUCGAUUCCACAUGUGUCGUGCCCUUGCUAGCAGACCGUGACUUCAAGUCUACUGUCUUCAAUAACCCCAUUGUCCGAUUCAUCAGACCAGACGUGUUUUUGAAUUUCCGGUACGUCAAGAAACUAGUUCCUGCUGUAUUUAACGUUGAGCCUGUUGUGGUGGACAAUAAACAUGCUUAUGAUGCGCCUGCUAUUUCUGCCAAGUGUCCUGGUGUUUGGUUCCCCGCCGAUCCAAUGGGAUUAAGUGAAAUUGAAAUCGAACAAUUGUCUCCGAUUGUUGAUAUCAGCACAGAUAAUGCUACAUUCAACAGCAAAGGGAAGAUCGUGUUCCUUGGGAAACCUCCAAACUAG